AUGAAGCUACUUCAAGAUCCUUUUGUGAAGUGCGCAGCCGCCUUGUGGGAGACAUAUGCGAGCAACCGUGAUCGAUCCAAGGCACUUUUGAGUGAACGAGAUGCAUUGUUUGCCAAACUACUUGAGCUUCAACGAGAGCACAGUGAUAGUGAGAUCAUGUAUCCCGACUGCAAUGGAUCAUGGCGAUUGUCCGCGGGCUUUGUCGAAGGCUACAAAGCUGCUGAUGCUGUCCUAUGCAAGCCUCAAACCACCUUAGCUGGUUUGUUGGACAAAGCUGUGGAGGCAAAGCUCAGCAAGGAUCAAGAGCGAAUGGAGGAGUUCAGUUGUCCAGAUCGGCUAUAUGACCUGCUCUCAUCACCAGGCUCGACGUCCAAAGAGGUCCCUGUCUGCCUGCUGUAUUCGACUGAUACGGUGGGUGGUAACUCAGGGAGCCCGGUCAUGAACGCACGGGGAGAGCUUGUGGGAAUCAACUUUGAUCGGCAACGCCAGGGCCUUAUGAAUGAGUUCAAGUGGAGCAAGGACUAUUCUCGCAGCAUGGGUGUUGAUGUCCGGUACAUGCUAUGGCUUAUGGGAGAUUACGAUGGAGCAGUGAAUGUCGUACAGGAGAUGCUGGAAGGAUAG